AUGGGCGACAAGUCGCGUCCGCACGCGAAGUUGGAAAUCUACCCUCGAUACUGCUUUGAUCUCGCGCCAACACACAACAAAUGGUGCUUUCUACGCGCAGCUGAUAUCAAACGUCUAAAGCAGCCAAAGGACUAUCAAGGUCAGGAUUAUUACUUUUAUAAGAAUCUCCCCAUAAGAUGGGUGCGCAUCGUUGGAUUGGUGGUUGCGAUUGAUGAUAUUCCCAAACGACGUAUUUUUACGAUUGAUGACAGCAGCGGUGUCUGCCUUGAAGCAGUGCUCAAGAUCACAAGCCCGCCGGCAGGAUCAACCACCAGUCUAGCAAUCAAGCCAGACCUGUCUAAGGAUACGGCCCAGAAGCAAGAUAAAGGGGCUGAUGGGGCAGGAAAUCAACCGAAGGGGCCGAAGAGUCCCUAUGACGGGAUCGAUGUUGGAACCAUUAUGGAUAUCAAGGGUUGUCUCACUACCUUUCGAGACGAGAAACAAAUCAACGUUGAAAAGAUGCAGCCGGUAAAAAGCACGAUGCAGGAGGUUUCGUUAUGGGAGAAGCGAGAGGCAUUUCGCCUUGACAUUCUGAGCAAACCGUGGACUUUGAGCAGGGAAUGUAUCAAGAAGUGCCAACGGCGUGCCACGCGGUCAGCAGAGGCAUCGAAAAAGAAGCGAGUCAAGGAAGAAUCGUCACGUGGACGGGGCGCAUCUUCUACGAACGAUCACAAACCAAACAAACGCCCUGCCAAGGAGAAUGGUGUUGAUGUUGCCGCCUUUAUACGGGAGGGCGGUGCGAAGGGGAAAUUUGGUGCUUUGGGCUUGUAG